AUGGCAGGAUACACCUGUGUACAGUGCCUCCAGGUGCUCCGCCAAGGAGCCCGGGCUUCAGCACCGCAGAGUCGCCUCCUGAGCCUCACGCGCCGGCGAGCAAUGCCUCCUCUGAUCCGAAGCUUUGGCACCCAGAACAAACCAUUGAGCCCCAACGAAGCCAAACCAAAGCAUGUCCAUGGACAAUCCUGCUGCGCACCCAAGGCCACGCCUGCACAGCGAUCAGUACACACCGAAACAGGCCCCUCCAUCAUCCGCCCAGCUAUGAGACCAACCAAUCUGUUCCACUCGUUCACGAAUUCGCCCGCGCAAGAUAUCCGCCGACGCGCCGAGUACAUCAAGCAAAACGCAUUCUGCCCACACCCAGACCACCAGCAGACCCGUGCCCCGAUCUCGCCAAAUGACCCCGAGCCCCCGGCCCAUUCGCAUUUCGAAUGCCCCGACUGCGGAAUCCCGGUCUACUGCUCCGAAGGCCACUGGAUGGAUGACUUCGAAGCUCACCUCGAGAUCUGUGACACGCUUCGCCAGAUCAACGAGGAUGACCACGAUCUGCACUCCGGUCGCUUCUUCCAUGAAUUCGACUACCCCGGUCCUCAGGAUGAUAACUUCGUCAUCAACAUGUCGAACUGGGAUACUUAUUUGUACACCCGCGAGUUCUCGGCUAUCAACGAUGAUCGCUCCAUGCGCCAGGUCACUCGCAUGCUCACCUACCCGCAAACCAUCGGCAGUGUCCUGCACGAGCUGAGCCCGUACAGCGUCCGAUCCAACGGUCGACUCACACCAGAGGGUCUGAAGAGUAUGAGUGGUAUCCCUCCGCUACUCCCUCCACCCCCGAAAUCCGGCGAAAGCACCGACAUGAAAGGUCUGCGCGUGAAAGCGCCACCCGUCCGAAUCUUCAUCCUAGGCGCACGCGCUGAGUCCUCUCUCCCCCGCGACGUCUGGCUGCAGCUCCAGUACAUGUACCCACGAGCCCUACUGCAUCUAAUCUUCAUCGGGCCCGAGAGCAUGGCGAACCGGGACGCAGAGUUCCCUCUCCCCGAGCGAACGCCGGAGAACCCAUUCGGCGGGAUCGUCGAAGACAGACUCGGUGGACAGAUGAAGAUCACCACUUACGUGGACUACUUCCACACCAUGAACAAGGCGCAGUAUUUCGGGCCGUUUGAUCCGUACCUGGAUUGCUUUAUGCUUUUCCAUCCUGGGUUGGGACACCCGGCUAGCUCGCAUGAGUGGGAGGAGACGCUGCCUCAGUUGUUGGAGACUAAGGUGCCGAUUUUGUGUACUGGGUAUACACAGUGGGAUAUGGAGAGGGAUAUUAAGUGGGUUGGUGAGAAGUGUGCUGGGGAGUUCGAUGUGCUUCUUGAGCCUGGGGAGAAUAUCUUCCGCAGUUUGAGGUGGGAUUUGAAUGAUCAGGAUCCUCAUGAUAUCUCUUGUGGAAAUUGGGGAUUGUGGGCUUUCCGUGGAAAGAGGUAUGAGGCGAGCUUUGUGAAGGAUGAGUAG